AGCUGAAAUGCAACCAGCUUACGCAGACUCGUCCCAAAGUCUUAUGAUUUCUGAGUUAAUUUAAACUUGAGAAAGUGCAUCUGCCGAACGCUUCAGCAACGUGUACCGAGGUCAACUCUGGACUGGACCGUCGCACACCUUUGUCUUCUCUGUCAGCCAAGGUGGCAUCUGGAGAAACAUCCUCCUUCGGUCCGGAUCUAAAGAGGGUCCUAAGGUCGGUGAGACAGAACACGACAGAUAGCGUUCUGAUGCAGCUUUUCUAAUAAAAACUAAAGUUUAAUUGCAAACAUCAUUUUUCACUCAGAUUCACCUUUUCUCUCCCUGAAGCAAUCUCAGACACCUGCAUGCACGCAUUCAUAAUUCCAUCAUCCUCAAUUUUAGCACAUCCAACACAAGGUCUAUUUGUGCAAGCUUAAAAUAACAACUGUUAAAGAUUGUCUAACAAUGUUGCCAAUGUUGAUAUUUUUCCUAUGAUUGUCAUUUCAAAUCGUUAGUUUAAAUUGAAGAAUUAAAACUCUUUAUAUUUAAACUUGUCUUUUCUUUGAACUGAAACACAGACAAACUGAUAUGAUCGUCAGUUUAUCGAUGAAAACAACCUCUGAGUCUUCUUAUCUCUAUAACAUUUGGUUAUUAAUUUGUAAAAAUUAAUGUUCCAGAUUAUUAUGUAGAAUGGUUUAUCUUUCAUAAAAGAGCCAACAACCAUUACGCUACACAACCCAAUCAUGUGCAAUCAUGUAUGGACCCUUCUCCAAUAGUGUAUGGCUGCAGUCGGCCUGAAUGGCCUCCGGGUCUGCAGUGAUACCCUUCUCUCCAUGUGUGCACCAGAGCAGAGCAACCAGGAAAGCACGACAUGGAUUUCAGCAGACUGAGUAAAUUCUAAUUGAUCAAGUAGAACGGUAUUUACAUUCAAGUCACUAGCAGGAACUGUGCCACCUUAUCUAUCAUCACUACUGCAGAAACACACACACCCUCAAGAUUACUGCGCUCUGUUGCCAACAACCUACUAGUUGUUCCACGGUCUAAGAGUCGCAGAGAUCGAGCUUUUUGUGCUUUUGCCGCAAAAUUGUGGAAUGGCCUUCCACUGGAACUAAGACUCACAACUACACUUGAGGCUUAUAAAGCAAAAUUAAAAAUGCACUACAGACUCAUAGCAUCCCGUUAGGCCUCUAAUCUGAUUGUUUUAACUGAUUGUGUCUGUUUAACUGAUGUGCCUGGUUUUUAGUCUUUGUUUGCAUGUAGUUUUUAGCUAAAUUAAGAUUUUAUCUAUGGUUUUAUUGUUUUUGGUACUUAACAUGAAUAUGCAUAUAGUACUUUUUACUCCUUAUGAUGUAUCCUUUAAUAUUUUAAUCCUUGUUAACUUUACACAGCUGUGUUCAGCGCUUUGGGCUGCCUUGGUUGGCAGCAGGGAGGUACUUUAUAAAUGAAUAAAUGAAUUUCUUUCAGAAUGAUCGAAGGAGCGCGAGGUGGACUAAAUGUGGGGGGGAACAAAUGUGUCAUUUUAAAAAGUGGGGGGACAUGUCCACAUCGAGAGGAGCCAGUUGAGAUGGCUCAGGCAUCUGGUCAGGAUGCCUCCUGGACGCCUCCCUGGUGAGGUGUUCCGGGCAUGUCCAACCGGGAGGAGGCCUAAAGGGAGACCCAGGACACGUUGGAGGGACAUUGUCUCUCAGCUGACCAGGGAACACCUUAGGAUUCCCCUAGAAGAGCUGCCUCAAGUGGAUGGGGAGAGGGAAGUCUGUGCCUCUCGACUUAGGCUACUGCCCCCGCGACCCGACUCCGGAUAAGCGGACGAGGAUGGAUGGAUGGAUGGAUGGAUGGAUGGAAUGUGUAGUUUUUACCAUUAAUCUCUGGAAAUAUCCAUCAAAAUGUUGUUGUAAAUGAAUAAAGAUGCCCAGGUGAUGAAAAAUAUUGGCAGUUUCAUGACAUAUAACCCAAAAAAAAAUCUGUUCUAAAAUACACAGGAGUGGGUUUAAGUCUGGGCGACACCAUAUUGAACGCCAUGUUUCCUUCUACAGAAGCCUAUGAGGACAAAACACAUUUACUGAUUUGUAACAAAUGGUUACAAAAUUUUCACCAUUAAUAAACAUUGUUUUACACAUUUACAUCUUCACUCGUUGCAAGUGAUGAAAGGGAAUCUGUUCUUAUUUUGCUGGAGGUUGUGCUCCUAAGGAUCUUUGACCCUAAUGGACAUCCGUUGGUAAGGUCUUACUUGAGCACAACAGUAAUGCUUGCUUGCAAUCAUUUAGGUAAGUACUGCCCCCAUCGCCAGAGAAACUACACACUGUCACUUUAAGCCCAUUUGUUUUCAAACUUGCUAUAACAGCUUUAAAGUAAGUGUGUCAUUUAUCUUUGCUUCUCAUCUCUUUAUCAUCAUCAUCAAUUUUUUAUACAGCACUUUCUAGUUAACUUCAGUCAGCCCCAAAGUGCUGAACACAGGUAAAACCGCAUUAGAAAUUUACCAAACACACAAAUGCGAGUCCAGCAGGCAAAGGUGGAUAACUAAUGACAAGUCCAAACUCUGACACAGACCUGGAUGAGGUGGGAGGCUUGGUUAGAGGCAGUUGAGGUUCAGACUCAGAAAGUCAACUGGACAGGUAACAUUCUAUGGACAAGGUGAGGCAAGGCAGCUUUAUUUAACAGCAUUUGAAUAUGUUUGAGUACUGUAAAGGCAGGGACACGAGGCAAAAACAAGAAGAGGAACACAUCCUCAUCGAUUCAUUUUCUCAAAGGUUUUAACCCUCUCAGACUCAAAAUAAGUUUUGAUAAAAGGACGAACAACUAAGUCCUUCAGGGGUACUUCUGAGUUAAAAAAUACUCAUGAAAUACAUAUGCGGAGUAACCAGGUAGGUAGGUUUUAACUGAUACAAAUCUGCAACGCCUGCCUCCAGAGGGUUAAGAGAGGGGGAGAGACGCCUUGCUGUUUUUUCUUGAGAUAAAAGCUCUGCCAUAAGAGGAAUUGGUAAAGAAUAGACUUUGGUCCCACAGUGGGGAAAUGUAGCAGCUUCAGUAGCAGCAAUAAUAGCAACUCUCAUGUUUGAUUAUCAGUAGGUUGCAUUGAAUGUCUCAGUUCAUGGAUGAAUACCGGGCUUUGCAUUAAACCAAAGGUAAGACCAAAGGCUUAGAUUUUUAUAGAAAACUUGGAAAAGAUUUCAGCACAAAGAUUUACCUAAUUCAUUUUAAUUUGGAAAAAAUUAGGUUGAAAUUUGUUAUUAUAAAAGUAAUGUUUAACUUCUGAUUAAAAAAUAAAAACAUUUUUGCUUAGUUUUUUUUUUUUUUUAAGUUCAGUGAAUGCUUGAGAAAGUUUACAUAGUCUACCAAGUUGUGGAUCUGCCAGUUGAUGAGUUAAUGUGAUUGUUUUCUUUGAUUUCGUGUUUUUUCUACAGGUUAUUUUUGUCUACUUUAUCCUCUGCUCAAAUGGGAAGCCGUUUGAAACUGAUGCUUUUUCUGAUGGUCAUCACUACAUCUGCCUUAGUGCUCCUGUUUAAUACAAGAACACUCAGCCAGACAUGGUUAUACUCAACAACUCGUGGGCCUACACCUGUUUGCCCAUUGUCGACCUCAGAGGAGACCAUCACUCCGCUUAAAAACACCAAGCACCUACUGGUCUCAGCCUUUAUCGACCAGAGAGUGAAUGGUUAUGAUGUACGCAUCAUUGGCAUGUUUCUGAGAAACUCCAUCCAGCCACUACACUGCCUUUUCUGCUGUUCCGGCCAUUUAACUGGAACUAGUCCUGCAAAUAUCUUCCCACACACGGACCACUUCGGUUUUCCAUUUGGUGCUACAGACGUCAUGUGUCCGAUACCUGAAAACUGUGAAGCUUCACACGUCACCCUUUCGACUCAGCCCAGUACAGAGGAUGCUUCCGACCUCAGCUGGAUUCUUAUAAAAAACAUGAAAACCAACAGAAUAGGGAGGCAAAUGCUUAACUUCACGGUUUGUAUUUCAACUCUGUUUGGAGACUACAACAACGUGCUUCAGUUUACACAGACUCUGGAGAUGUACAGGUUGCUUGGAGUGAACAGAGUGGUGAUCUAUAACACCAGCUGUGGCCCCGAACUUGAUCGUCUUCUGCAAAGUUAUGCUCAAGAGGGAUUCCUGGAAAUAGUUCCUUGGCCCAUCGACAAGCACAUGAACCCAUCUCAUGGCUGGGAACCUUCAAAAUUUGGAGGUGAUAUCCACUACUAUGGCCAGCUAACCACACUGAAUGAGUGCAUUUACAGAUCCAUGGAGCGUUCACGCUACGUCCUGUUGAAUGACAUUGAUGAGAUCAUCAUGCCAUAUCAACACAACAACCUGAUGUCUCUAAUGGACACCCUGCAAGUGCAGCAUCCCAAUGUUGGCGAGUUCCUCAUUGAAAGCCAUUGCUUCCCCUACAGACACUUUGAUCCAAACGGGACGUUUCACCUGCCAAGGUGGGGAGAAGUACCAGGAGUUAAUAUUCUGGAGCAUAUUUACAGGGAAGACCCUGACAGGUCAAUUUACCAUCCACACAAGAUGAUAGUUCAACCAAGAAUGGUGGAGCAGACGUCAGUCCAUGAAGUGCUCAAGAAAUUUGGACAGAGAUACAAAGUUCCCUUAGAAGUCUGCCGGAUCAUUCACACUAGUGUGGCUGGAUCGCCACAUGUGGGACAUAUUUAUGUGGACAAACGACUGUGGAACUUCCAUGAAAGACUAAUCCCUAAUGUGGACAGGGUGCUGAAGAGAGUGGGGCUGCUAAGGUCUAAUGAAAAGGAAAAAUAGGUAAAAGGAAAUGUUGAGAGGUAGGAAUACAUCUGCUGCAGAGACUACAGUACAGUGAUAAACAACCCCACACUGACCAUAUCACCUUGUUGCACUGAUACAGGAAGGAGUUCAACCAUAUUGGUAGGGGAUAGGUAGGGGAAGGAGCUGCAGUUUUACUUGGAUUAAAGGUGCUACAUUGAAUACAGAUAAAUCAUCAUCUUUAUGAUUAAAGAGCUUUUUGUAAUCACAAAGAUUACUAGAGUGCUGUACACCAAAUAAGCAUGCUAAACAGCAGUAAAAUAAGCAGAUAGAUAGAUAGAUAGAUAAAUAGAUAGAUAGAUAGAUAGAUAGAUAGAUAGAUAGAUAGAUAGAUAGAUAGAUAGAUAGAUAGAUAGAUAGAUAGAUAGAUAGAUAGAUAGAUAGAUAGAUAGAUAGAUAGAUAGAUAGAUAGAUAGAUAGAUAGAUAGAUAGAUAGAUAGAUAGAUAGAUAGAUAGAUAGUAUUGUGAUUUUAGAAUAAGGUGUACAUCUUACAUCUUAUAUCCAUAUCAUGCUAUUGUAAACCGUUGAGAAAAAAGGUAGGCACAGUAUAUGAUAAAAUAUUAGCUAUGAAUUAAAAAAAUGUUCAUAUUUGAAACUUUGUUCAUAUUUGAUGUUUAAUGCAUGCCUUUGGUGUACGUUGAACUCAUGCUCAUAGUACAGUGGUUUAUAACUUCAGCCACAGUGGCUACAGGCACAGCCAAUGUGCUAUGAGCAUAGCAGCUAACUGCUAUGACCACAGCUACUGUGCUACAGGUAAUGUUAGCGUAAUAUGAUGGAGCAUGAGUUAUAAGUACACAAAGACUUUCAUUACUGUGCAUAAUUAGAUCACAAAUCCUGUAGGUUUUUUCUGACCAUUCUUCUGUUAUGUUUAAUAUUUCUGGUUCAUUGCCUGGAGCUAUCAGUCGGUCAAUCAAACUUUGUUUGCAUAGCACUUUUUAUGCAAAAGAAAAUGCAGCUCAAAGUGCUUAACAGAUUUAAAUGACCCAAUAUAACCCAUAUUCCCAUCCUUCCCCACAAAUAUAUAAACAUUUGUGUCAGUUACACCCCACAUCCCACAACCCCUUUGACACACACACACACACACACACACACACACACACACACACAAACUAAAAAACAGCAUAAGUAAACACUAGGCUGAGUUCAGAUGGGUUAGGUAAUGAAUGAAACACCAUCAGGUGAGCCAUCUGCUCGGCAGUAGUUGAUUGAUGGCAGCAGCCAAGGCACCAACCCAGGGUGCCCAGGGAGAAAGGGCAAAAAAAAAAAAAAAAACACCACCGCCUAAGCAGACUCAGGCCACCACAGUCAACCACCACCCCCGAGGCAGAGGGCCCCACAGAGGAAACACUGGUAUGAUUAAAAUAAGUAAAAUGACAAUAAAUAAAUAAUAAUAUUAAUAAUAAUAAUUAUACCUAAUAUGGAUAGUAAAAUAACAUAUAACACUGAUUAAAGAGAUAGUCAAACACUAAAACAUAAAUGUCUAAUACCACUAAAAUGACAAUUAUAAAUAAAUACGUUCAUUAAUAAAACAGUAAAUGCAGCCAAAAACAGAUAUCGGUAAAAGCUAAGCUAAAAAGGUGAGUCUUAAGCCUGCUCUUAAAAACAUGAACAUUCUCUACGACCCUGAGGUCCUCUGGCAGCCUGUUCCAGAGACGAGGGCCAUAAUACUGGAAAGAUGUCUCACCAUGGGUGUGCGUCCGGACUUUGGGGACCACAAGGAGACGGCUGUCAGAGGAGCGCAGAGGCCGCGAGGGUUCGUAAGGUAAAAGCAGUUCUGAAAGAUAAGAAGGCCCAAGACCAUUAAGAGACUUAAAAACCAUUAAGAGAACCUUAAAAUCGAUCCUGAAACAUACAGGGAGCAUACACAGUGAUUCUAAAACUGGUGUGUGUGCUCCCGCCUCCUGGUCUUCAUCAGGACACGUGCUGCAGAGUUUUGUAAAAGUUGUAAGCCUGAGAUGCUCUUUUUGGGAAGACCAGAAAGCAGGACGUUACAGUAGUCUAUUCCACUGGUGAUAAAAGCAGGCAUCAGCGUCUCCCUAUUGGUCCGAGAGAGAAUGGGGUGGACUCUGGCAAUAUUCUUUAGAUGAUAAACGCCUAUUUUAGUGAUGUUUUUAAUGUGUAGGAUAAAAGUCAGCUCAGAGUUGAAAAUCACGCUCAGGUUCUCGACUUGUAAAGAAGGGUUAAAAGACAAAGAUUGUCGUUUAGACAAAAUUUUCUCUCUCUGGGCCUCAGGACCGAUGAUUAAAACUUCAGUUUUGUCCUAGUUGAGCUGGAGAAAGUUUCUGCCAUCUAGGUUUCAAUGUCUAAAAUGCAGUUAAACAGUGCAUCCAUUGGCUGUGUGUCAUUAGGAGACACGGAGAUGUACAACUGUGUAUCAUCAGCGUAACUGUGGAAAUUCACCCUGUAUCUCCUGAUGACACCACCAAGAGGGAGCAUAUAAAGCUAGGAAGCAGGCACCUCGCUGUUCUACGUUUAUCUCUCCUGCUAUGUCUGCCCAGCUGCUAUCUGUUCUCAAAGUUGACUCCUUUUUUACCUCUGAUUCUUCAGAGGAUGUUUAUGUGCGUCUACAUUCUUUAAACUCUAUUAAUGCUUGUUCUGCUGCCUUGGACACAUUUGCUCCUCUCAGACUUUGACGGAAAACGACUAUCUCGGAGAUACAUGGCUGAAUGAUGAAACUCGCAGCCUUAGAUGGCAGUGCAGGACUCUGGACCGAAGGUGAAGAAAGGACAGGCUAUUUCCCAACAACUUUUUACAGAGUCUCAUUAUCAGAAGGUGGUUCGAUAUGCUCGAAAUAAAUAUUUCUCUGAUAUCAUCGUACAAUAUCAAGGGGAUCAGUCAAGAUUGUAUAGUGCUAUAAACUCUGUUUUGUUGUUAACUGCUUCGGAUGGUCUUACUCCUUCUGUUUCACUCUGUACUGAGCCUCAGAAAUGCUUCUAUCACAAAAUUGCUGACAUUAGACUUUGCCUUCUUCCCCUAAAACAUGCCUGCCUCGUGGAAUCACCAGCUCCACCUGCUCUCUCUAAUUUUGACCUUGAGGAACCAAUUAGUUUCUUAAAACCUGCUGGUUCUCCUGUGGAUUCUUCUCCACCAAAGCUUAUGCGUGACCUUCUUCCAGUUCUGGGUCCAGCCAUUCUGACAAUCGUGAACGCCAGCAUCACUACUGGAGUUUUUCCUGACCUUCAAAAAAACGGUUGUACAGCCGGUUUGGAAGAAGCCUGGCUUGGACAAUUUAAACUAUGACAACUUAUGCCCAAUUUCCAAAGUCCCAUUUUUAUUGAAGGUUUUGGAGAAAAUUGUUCACUCUCAAAUCGUAACUCACAUGGAGAAUAAUUUGCUCUUUGAUAUGAAUCAAUCGGCUUUUAGACAGCACCAUAGCACAGAAUCUGCUCUUAUUUGUGUGCUAAAUGAUAGUUUGGUUGCGUCUGAUUCAUGUUCUCAUGUGCUCCUGCUGUUACUGGAUCUGUCAGCAGCUUUUGAUACCAUUGACCACCUCAUCCUUUUGGAUCGCCUUGAAACAUGGGUUGGUCUUACAGGUUCUAUUCUGGACUGGUUUCACUCUUACCUGGCAGGGUUAGGGUUAGGGUUGUACCUCAAGUGAAUUUGGACAGUGGGUUCCAUCAGAUAAAUGUGGUGAUAAGAUUGUGUAUUUUUUCCAACUACGCCGCCUAACUCCCUUGAAGCUGAUUCUGAAACGAUCACAUCUGGAAUCUGUUAUUCACACCUUCAUCACCUCCCGCCUGGAGUAUGCUAAUGCACUUCUCAGUGGUACUGCAGUUUCAGCCUUGAGCUGGCUGCAGUUAGUACAGAAUGCGGCAGCACAGUUCCUAACAAACGCAAAUAGACGCGGUCACAUCACCCCGGUUCUGGAACAUUUACAUUGGUUUCCAGUAACAUUCGGGUGAGAUUUAAAAUUCUGCUUUUUGUGUUUAAGGCCUUAAAUGGUCUUGCUCCAACUUAUUUAUCGGAUCUGCUUAAACCAGCUCACUCACUGAAGUCAACUGACUGCUGACUGAUCUGUAUUCUGCCCAUGAAUAUAAAACUAGGAGGGAGCGAGCUUUUGUGUAUGUCGCCCCAGUGUUUUGGAAUGCACUACCCCUUUCUAUUAGGUAGUCUUCAUGCAUUGCUGUUUUUAAAUCUCGGCUGAAGACUCACUUGUACAAAGAGGCUUUUGGGUAAUGACUCUUUUAUUGUGCUUUACAGAUUGUUCUUACCUGUAGUGUGAUGUUGUUUCAUGAUUGUUUUGUGCAGCACUUUGGUCGGCUCACAUGUCGUUUUUUAAAUGUGCUAUAGAAAUAAAGGUGGUAUGGUAUGGUAAAAUAUGAACAAAGUUUCAAAUACGAAUAUUUUAAUUACAGUACUUACAAACUGCCAAAACAAUGCUUCUCAGUUAUGUGUUGACCUAUAUCGCUAAACCUUUAACACAAAGGAGUCCAUCCAGGCAGUGGGUGCAUUCACAGCAAUUCAUAGGUAUAGCCAUUGGCUGUUCUCAUAGCUACGGGAUGGCAGUCACAGCCAUUUGUGGCUUCAGGCACGCCCUUGUGGCUGUGGCUACAAUCGAAGCUUGGCCUCCCUCACAAAAUGUGCCUACAAGUGUGACUGAUAUUCCAGAGGUUAAAUGUCUGCCUAUUAACUCUGUUGUGCUAUGUGCUGACAUGGGUUCGACCGCCGGUGAUGUCUGCAGUAAUUUACGUAGCCAGCUGAAACAGAUUUCAUGUAUUUAAAUUUUUGUUUUAUUGAUUAUUUUCUGCAAAAUAUUCUUGUUUUUCUUAACAUCUUUGAUUUGGUGAAGGCUGUCAGAUGGCAGACUUGGUGGUGCAGUGAUUAUAGAGUCCUGGGUUGGGAUACAGUGUUGUGCAGGUUCAUAUCAUGGCACCAACUUUUAUUCUUUUUUUUUUUUUAGCUACACUUGUCAGUAUGAUGUUUUCAACCUUUGUUAGUAAACAGUAUAAAAUAUAAAGACUAA